UGGCAACAUUUGUAACCUCUUUCUCGAAAAACAUAGCCGCGUCUGUUUCUAUUUAUUACUGUUUAACAUCAAGAAAAGAAGAACUCGUUUAAUAACAAGAACUGUUUAGUGUUUAAAAAUUGUGCAAAUAACUGUUAACCUUUAAUAUUUGCAUUGCACUGUGGAAAAAUUAGAGACACAAUAACUUAAAAAUAUUAUGGUUCGUGGUGUUGGAAGAGGCGGACGAGGUAUGCCUGGACGCGGUGGAAUGGGCAGGCCUCCGUUUAACAGACCGCGAGUGAUGUUAUUGAGACCUCCUUUCGACUUAAUUUUGGCAGAACCAGCGUUUCCAAGAUGCAAACCUGCACCCGACGAUACCGCACUUACACAGGCACUCCUUAAACGUCAUGCGGAGCUUUGCCCCACACCAUCAGAGCAGGCGUCAGUGCUCUCUCUGGUGACAAAGCUGCAGACUGUGCUUGACAACCUGGUUGUAGCUCCAGGAGACUUUGCUGCAUGUCAAUUAGAGGAAGUGCGUCAAGUUGGAUCAUAUAAAAAGGGCACAAUGAUGGCAGGCAAGAAUGUCGCUGAUAUUGUUGUUAUUAUGAAGACAUUGCCAACUAAAGAAGCUGUUGAGGGACUGUCUAAUAAGGUGAAUGAGGAAGUUAACAAGUUGACCCGUGCAAUGGGCACAGGGUCGGUGACUUGUGCAUGCAAUGAGCGUGGCUUCACAGUGACAGCAGCAGGUGCUGCGGUACGCGUGCUCGUCACUACAUUGCAUCAGAACCUGAGGAAAUUGGAGCCAGAGGUGCAUCUGGAGUAUAAGGUGAUCAGCAGCCACCUGGCAGCUAUCCGUCACAGCAGAUGGUUUGAAGAAAAUGCACAUCAUUCCUCCGUCAAGGUAUUGAUCCGUUUACUACGCGAUAUGUGCGCGCGUCACGCGGGUCUAGAGCCACUGACACCCUGGAUGAUAGACCUGCUGGCGCACCACUGCAUCAUGAACAAUCCAGCGAGACAGGCGUUGCCCAUCAAUGUAGCCUUCAGACGUGCGCUAUCUUUAUUAGCGGGAGGUUUGUUCCUGCCUGGAUGCGCGGGUCUACCUGACCCAUGUGAGGCGGCGCAUGCGCGUGCGCACACCGCACUCGACCUCGCUGCACAGGAUCAUGCCGCUGCUACUGCUCAGACUUUACUCCGUGUGGUAGCCCGAGGCGGUCAUCGUUAUGUCUUAGGGCUGCAAGCUUUCGAAGGUGGCAAGGAUAUAUCCACAGAAAUCACAGUGUGGGAUGGCGUGGUGGUGUCACCUCUCGCACCCGCAUACCAGGAAACACCGGAACCUAUGGAUACUGAUGAUAAAGACGAUGAUUUGACUCAAGAUGGAGUGGCGGCCUGAAAAGAGUAUCUGACUUAAGCAAACUAUAUCUGACUAAUAAAUGAUUUUGACUAAU